GUGUUCGCGCGAGGACGUUCCGUAGCAGAAUUCCCGCUUUUGGUCAUAUAGAAGAAGGUAUCGACGUAUUAAAACCGCUCAGAUCCUCGUUCAAGCAUCUAUAGACAUUUGGACAUUGCCUUACCAGCUAUUCAACAGCUUACAAACAUGUGGAUUUACAAAAUUCUGCUCUGCGUAGCUGCGGUAGUAUACUCAGAAAGCAGGAGGAAUGCCCUGCAGGAUUACCAGAAGACCGAUGGCGUGCGAUUGGUUACCUCGCGAGACUACGUCUACGAGAUGAAAAAGAACAAAAGCGUAGGCAGCUGUGCCCAGCGCUGUGUCCGAAACAGAAGGCUCAGCUUCAACUGCAGAGCAUUCAACUUUGAUCAGAAAAGCAAGAGGUGUUACCUGCUCUCCUUUGACAGCCUCACUGCUGCCGUCGACAAACAGACAGACUUUAACUUUGACCUUUAUGAGAAGAAAGACUACGUGAGAGAGUGUAUUAUCGGCACUGGUGUAAACUACAAAGGGAAGAGAUCAGUUACCAAGAGUGGAGUAGAAUGUCAGCGCUGGGAUUCCACAAUUCCCCAUGAACAUGACUUCAUCCCGAGGAGGAACAAAGGCAAGAAGAAUGGCAGGGGCCUGAGGAAAAAGGACCUGAUUGAAAACUUCUGCCGUAACCCCGACAAUGCCACCACCGGGCCGUGGUGUUUCACGACGGACCCAAAACUCCGACACCAAGGCUGCAACAUUCCGCAGUGUUCCGAAGUGGAAUGUGUGACGUGUAAUGGGGAGAGUUACAGAGGACCCAUGGACCACACGGAGAGUGGGAGAGAGUGUCAGCGCUGGGACCUGAACCAACCCCACGAACACCGCUUCCAUCCCAGCAGGAACCCUGAUAAAGACCUGAGAGAUAACUACUGCAGAAACCCAAACGGACGACUCAGACCAUGGUGCUUCACCACCGACCCCAAUGUACCAUGGGAGUACUGCAACAUCAAACAGUGUGAUUCAGACAGUGGAAGUGAUAUUGAGACAACCACAAAGUGUUUCCAUGGUAACGGUGUGAGGUAUCGUGGGACAGUGGGUGUGACCCCAGAGGGUGUGAUAUGUCAGAGAUGGGAUUCUCAGUACCCUCACCAGCACCCCUACACACCACAGAACUACAGCUGCAAAGACCUGAGGGAGAACUAUUGUCGGAAUCCAAACGGUGACUCUCUCCCAUGGUGCUUUACCACAGACCCUAACGUUCCCAUAGCAUACUGCACCAACAUCCCACGAUGCCGUGCUUCCACUGCCGAACCAGAGGAGUGCUACACAGGCGUUGGUGAGCGGUAUCAAGGCAGCCAAUCAAAAACCAGAUCAGGAAUCCCCUGCACCCCGUGGAAUGACCGCAACUGGAAUUCCAACAUGAUUACAACGGGGCUGGAGGGCAGCUUCUGCAGGAACCCAGACAAUGACCAGCACGGCCCCUGGUGCUUCACAGAAAACCCCGACGUUAAGUGGGACUACUGUUCUGUCAAACCUUGUGAAGCCUUGUCAACUUCUCAAAACACAAAUACAGGAGACGGGAGGAGUUUGUCGUGUUUUAUCCAUAAGAGAGUGCGCAUUGUGGGUGGAGGACCCAUUGACAUCAGAGAUGGGAGCUGGAUGGUCAGCAUACACAAAGGGAACAAGCACUGGUGUGGGGGGACACUGGUGAGGGAGGAGUGGGUGCUGACAGACAUAGGCUGCUUCUCUUCAUGCGUUCCUGACCUAUCAGAGUACAGCUUAUGGCUGGGCACCACCCAUUUUAACCAGUCUGAACAGAGUAAAUCCAGAGGUCAGCAGCUACGCAUCGCCCAGUUAGUCUGUGGUCCUGAGGGAUCUGAACUGGCCCUACUCCGCCUGGAACAGCCUGCUCAUUUCACAGAGUAUGUGAGGGAGAUCCAGUUGCCUCUGUCUGACUGUGCCAUGGGAGAGGGGACUGUCUGCUCCAUGUACGGCUGGGGUGAGACCAAAGGCACGGGUCAUGAGGACACUCUGAAGAUGGUAAACUUGCCCAUUGUCAGAAAUGAGAAAUGUAAGGAGCUACACAGGAGGAGCAUCCAGAUCACGGAGGCCAGGCUGUGUGCAGGGGGCAGGGAGAACGAGGGAAGCUGUGAGAAGGACUACGGAGGGCCGCUGGUGUGCCGGGAGGGUGGCACGAAAGUGAUUGUGGGCGUCAAUGUUCGGGGCAGAGGCUGUGCCCGUCGAGACCGGCCGGGCAUCUUUGUGAACGUGGCGUUUUACGCCAAGUGGAUCCACAAAGUCUUUAAGUUCUACUCCCAGUCAGAGAUCUGACAAAGCCGUCGGCAGAAUUCCCCGUUAGCGAUCCAGCCUGUGAGAAGAGCGCAGGCUCUCAGUCCCACUUACCAACAUGCACUGUAACCCUCAACGCCAAAGCCAGGACACGUCCUACAGCAGCUUUUCUUCACAUCGUUGUGCCGAAAAUAAGGAUUCGACAGCUAAACCAGGAAUUUGGGCCCAAACCAGAUUUUUGGCUCUCCGUGGAUCUAUGUUUUUAGAUUGGGCCCGAUAGCGGAUUGCUAAUCAAACGCCCGGUCGCUGUGGAUUUGUUUAUCAUUCAGAUGAUCUGAGUCUAGCACAUGUGAGAGAGAGAGUGA